UCCUCGAGCUCGGUAGAGGCUCGGCUCCGCGGCGGCCGCGGCGGCAGCGCGGAGCUCGUGUAGCCCUAGGGGCAGCAGCAUGGCGGCCGUGGAAAGCCGGGUGUGCGAGACGGCGGGCUGCAGCAGCGAGGCUAAGCUGCAGUGCCCCACCUGUAUCAAGCUGGGCAUCCAGGGCUCCUACUUCUGUUCUCAGGAGUGUUUUAAGGGAAGCUGGGCCACUCACAAGUUACUACACAAGAAAGCAAAAGAUGAAAAAGCAAAACAUGAAGUUUCUUCUUGGACUGUGGAAGGUGAUAUUAAUACAGAUCCUUGGGCAGGUUAUCGAUAUACUGGUAAACUUAGACCACAUUAUCCGUUGAUGCCAACAAGACCAGUGCCAAGUUAUAUUCAGAGACCUGAUUAUGCUGAUCAUCCUUUAGGAAUGUCUGAAUCUGAACAGGCUCUCAAAGGUACUUCUCAAAUAAAAAUACUUUCCUCUGAAGAUUUAGAAGGCAUGCGGUUAGUGUGUAGGCUUGCGAGAGAAGUAUUGGAUGUUGCUGCGAUGAUGAUUAAACCAGGUGUAACUACUGAAGAAAUAGACCAUUCUGUCCAUUUAGCAUGCAUUUCAAGGAAUUGCUACCCUUCUCCACUGAAUUAUUAUAAUUUUCCUAAGUCAUGUUGUACUUCAGUGAAUGAAGUGAUCUGUCAUGGAAUUCCAGACAGGAGACCCUUGCAAGAUGGUGAUAUUGUUAAUGUGGAUAUCACUAUUUAUCGAAAUGGUUAUCAUGGAGACCUGAAUGAGACAUUUUUUGUUGGAGAAGUGGAUGAGAGUGCAAGAAAACUGGUACAGACAACUUACGAGUGUCUCAUGCAAGCAAUAGAUGCAGUGAAACCUGGAGUCCGAUACAGAGAGCUGGGAAAUAUCAUUCAGAAGCAUGCCCAAGCGAAUGGUUUUUCAGUUGUCCGGAGCUACUGUGGACAUGGAAUCCAUAAGCUUUUCCAUACAGCCCCCAAUGUACCACAUUAUGCCAAAAAUAAAGCUGUUGGAGUGAUGAAGCCUGGUCAUGUAUUUACAAUUGAACCCAUGAUCUGUGAAGGUGGAUGGCAAGAUGAGACCUGGCCAGAUGGUUGGACAGCAGUGACAAGAGACGGGAAACGAUCUGCUCAAUUUGAGCACACCUUGCUAGUCACAGACACUGGCUGUGAAAUCUUAACCCGGCCAUUGGAUAGUGUGCGUCCUCACUUCAUGUCCCAGUUUUAAGUUCUCCUAAGAUGACAUCUAAACAAUGUCUUUUGACUGUGCUAUGCAUUUUCUUGAGAGUACAGGAUAGAGGAGGGUAUUUUAUCCUUUGUUUUGUUUUCAUGUCUAUAGCUAAAAGAAGAAUACAGCAUUGGGCGUGUGUACUUCAAGAACUUGUGGGUCUGAAAAAACAGUGAAGAAUAAAAAAACAUUUUCUCAACUCCUUUCUUCUCUCCCAAUACCCUUCAUUCCCUGCUUUCUCAUUUGUCUUUUAUUCAUCUUACCUUCAACAAGCUUAUAGUUACUUCUGUCACUGCUGUGACAGACCACUCAGUGCCAGCUGUUUUCCAAUUGAAUGUUGUUUGUAAACGAGAAUUCUUGACACCUCAGCCAGAUUUUUUGCACCAGAUUUUUAAAAAAGAUACACCACACAUAGACGCACAUGUGUAUGUAUAUGCAUGUAUGUAUAUAGACACAUAAACAUACAUAUAGAUAUGUGUGUUUUUAAAUUUCCAGAGACCCACAUGCUUGCUAACACUUUGGACUGUGACUGACUUUGAUUCUGAUCUAAGGGUUAUGAGGGAAAGGAUGAUAUAAGAAAUAGGCCCAUUGUCUAUAUGAUACAUGAUAUAAUUCUCAAUUAGGUAAUUUUUUCUUCUUUCCCCCCAUUUUUCCUCAUGCUUUACAGCUUCUGUUGUAACUGUGUUUGAGGAAACUUUCAAUCCAUGAGACUUAUUUCUAGCCUAGAGAUUCUUAGACAUCCCAGUGAGGGCAACAAGUCUACUUAGGGAAGUCACUAUCCUUUCCCAGCUUAAGACAGAAUUCCAUUAACAGUGGCUAACUCUGUUGGACCUAAUGGAUGAAUGCAGUAUACUGCUAUGUCAAAUCUUCCUUAUAUUGAAAUUUAAACCAAAAAAGGAUUUAUAGAUGCCUGUCUCCUUCCUUUUAUUUCUUUUGCCUAUUUAGGGGGAUUAUCUUAGGGUACAGAUUGCCCUAGGAGAGAUGUGAAAAGGCAGGUCUUUUACACAUACCUAGCUUGUAUGAGGAGGAAAAAUAAAAUACCUUUUGGAUGUCUGAUGUAAAAUUCAAUAGACCUAGUAUUAGUAUGAAACAAACCACUGUAACUCACCAGGACAUUGAAAUUGUCCUUAGUAGUGGGGAGAAGCUUCCCCCUAUCUCUGGUAAUGCCCUUCAAUUGGGAAACAUUCUCUUUGGGUUAAAUAGGUUACUAGAUUGGAACCUUCAGCCUUGGGUAGGCAGUAAUAGUAACAAUAAUAAACUACUGUUGCUCCUUAAACUGUGAGAGUAAUCUUAGCUACCACUUUAGGUUUGAUAUCUAUUCUUCAAAAUUCUUGAGGUUAACCCCCAAUAAAUAAAGUUGAACAUAAAUAAAGCAAAACAUAAAAUCAUAUCACUGAUGGGCACAUUCUUGAGGGUCUGAAGACAACUUGUGUUGUAAUUGGUACCACUAGAAGCAUUAGCCUUACAAGAAAAUGUCUUUUCCAGAGUGCUUCAGACCUUUUCACAAAAAUUGUGAUUGCAAUUUCUUGUCUUUUAUUGUUUUUAUGAUUUAGCAAAAUGACCUGUUGGUACUAGAUGAGUUUGGGGAAGAUUGAGGAUAGAGCAUGUAUGAAGAUUUUCAUUACGCAGAAAGCAGUACUUGUGAAUGUAAUGUAUAGCAUUGGUCAUACAGUGUUUGCUGGGAAUUAAAAAAAAAAAAACUGAAUGGUCCUACUACAUGAUCGAUCAUCUGCUUCAUUAUGGUUGGUUGGGGAAGGGGGAAACUACUUUUCAAUCUAAAUAAAAUCACUAGCAUUGUUUAAUGACAAGACAUUUCUUGGUGGCAGUAGAUUACAAUUCAGACAACGUUUGGGUGUUAUUAACUUUAAAUGAAAAUUAUCAGCUUUGGAGAGGUUGACUAGAUUAAAAGGUAGGUAGCUACCUUAUUUUUAUCACCAAAGAGCAAGCCCAAAAAAUGGAGAAUCUUGGAGGAAGGAGCAGCUGGUGACUGUCUUAAAACUAAUUUUUAUUGAGAGGUUUGAUUUUUAUAUCAUCUUUGUUUAUCAUUUUUCCCUUUUCCCUCAACAAGAAAUAGGACUCUUUUUCUCUUUUAAUGACCUUUUUUUCUUAAUCUCUGGGUAAUUUUUUUUUUCUUAAUGUGUCAAACCAUAGAUACUGCAUGCAUUAUACCCUGAGUUUUUACCUCUUAUUAAGAUUUGAAAAAGGUAUAACUUUGGGAUAAGGAAAAUUACCAGUAAUUUCCAAAACACAUUUCCCAUGUUAAAUUUUUAAGAAUCUCACAUCUAUUUCGAUGAGCUCAUGUGCCUCUGGUGAAAGACUUGGGCCCUUGAUUAUCUAUCCCUACCAAUAACCGUGUAGGCAUGAUUUUCUCUUACUCUUUUUAAUAUCUCUCUUUAAAGGCUUAUAUGUUACAAAUCACUAUUUGCUACUGUCACAAUGAUUUACCAAACAAGACUUCAUCUAGUUUUCUCAUUUAAUUUUUUCUGUGAUUCUUAUUUUUUUUUUAAAUGUAUUUUAUUAAAUGGCUGGGCAAUCAAAAAUGAAUCUUUAGUUUUGACUGGCUUUGUUUAAAUUGAAGGAGUGUUCUGAAUUUGAAGAAAAUAUACCUUUUUAGGAGUCAAGUAUCUGGCUGCUCAAAAAAUUCCUUAAUUGAAUAUUGAAGCCACAAUACCCUUUGGAAAGUAUGUGUUAUGGAUGGUAGACUCUUUUAGAGUAGGGGUUCUUAACCUUUUUUUUUUUUUGUUUUAUAUCUUGGCUUUCUGUUAAAACCUAUGGAACCUUACUCAUUGUUCCCUACAUUCAUAAUUGGAAGAAAUUCUAAAUUUUGGUUAAAGGUUAAUGAAAAUAAAAUUUCAGUUUCUUCUUCAUCUCGGACACCUUCUCUACCCCCACCCCCAAAAUGUUCAUAGGGCCCAGGUUAAGAAUCCUUGCUUUAGAAAUUUAGGAGAAAAUUUGACAUCUUUUGAAAAAGAAUGUCAUAUUAUGUGUCAUAAUUUACCUGUAAUGGAUCACUGACCACAUUUGACUUUUCUUUGAAAGGAGCCUACCAAGUUUGCUCCAUGAAUGGACUGAGAUGAAAUGCCACUAAGAAAAAUACUUGACCAAUCUAGAUUUGCUGCCUCCUUUUUUUUCCCACAAGAGUGAAAGGAAACAUCUGGAUUUAAACACUUGGAGCAACAGGACUAAUGUGCCAGUAUCAAUAUUAACAGUUAUGUAUGCUUUCAAUUCUCUGAGGAAAGCAUAUCUUUUUAUACUUAGAACUUGUGCUGUUAAUUCUGGCUGAACUGUGUUUGAGCUCUUUGAGAGGCAAAGAACUCUUGGCUGCUGUGGCUCUAGUUGCUCAACCUGUGUGACCUCCUCACUUCACCUUUCAAGAGGGGAAUCAAGAUUUUGCCAGAAGAAAACUGGAUUACCUUGUAAGGGUCUCUACCCUUCCCUGAAUCCUUAUGAUAUACUUGUUGGUCUAUUGCCUUUCAAAAGUGUCCUACCAAACUCUUCUGAUAUUCUGAUAUACUAUUGACUUGGGGGACUUGGGUGAGCAAUAGAACUAUUUAUAUGUGGUAAUUUUAUGAGUAUUUAUAAAUGUGCGUACUAACUUAUCAUUAUUAUGUUGUUUUUCUGAAACGUGCCAAAAACCAUCCCAAAGAGGGCUUCCUAGUGACUUUUUCUCCUAUCACUGUAGGUCUUUGUGGUUUCAGUAACAAUGUGAUUGCAAAUUGGCUUCAAAAUGUAUCUUUAAAAGCUUUAGUUGGAGGAAAAGUCACCAUUUCAGAAAUGAUAUAGAGAUAUCAAUAAGCCUAAAAAGGCAAGAAAGAGCCCAUUUAGCUUCCAGGUUUUUUGUUUUCUUAAAAUAGUACUCCAGUUUUUCUUUUUCAGUUUGUUUUGGGCAACUUGAGAUCUUUUUUUGCUGCAACUAUUAAAAAAAAAAUUACAAAUUAUUCCAAAGUUUCUUUUAAAAACAACGUUGUGGAGUAGUGGAAUUAGUCAUCAAAUAUGUGGGUUUUAGUUGCACUAUUGCCAUUGUGUGACUGAAUCACUUAGCUUCUGUGCCUGUUUCCUAAUUUCAGGACUAAAUCAGAGGUGUCAAAUGGGCAGUCCAGAAACUGCCAGAAGUAGAUUAAAAUGUAAUUUGGAAAUAACUAACUAAAAAGACAAAAUAGACCACACAUAGUGUUCAUGUGUGGUUUUCUAAGUCAAGGGGACAUCGGUAUGGAUCAUUCCAUAUGAUUUAUUGACCCCAUUUCUUUUGGGGUUUGACAUCACUUAUCUAGAUGAUCUCUAAAUCUCUAAAUCUUUAGAUUUCUUUGAGGUUAGAAACAUUGACUUGGUUUUAGUUUAGUUAGAUGUACUUAAUAUGAAAUUUUUAUCAUGGUCUAUACAUCUAUUAAGAUGUCAAAAUCACCUUUUAUGUUUUCCUGUCUCGAAUUUUGCUAUAUAAAAUGUCUCCUUCACUGGAAGAGUGUAUGUUGAUUGUUUGAAAUUCAUUUCACUUAAUUAUCUGUCAUCAAUGAUAUUUUCUUUCUGAGGACUUUUUCCUGCAAGAAAUUUUAAGUCUGGUGCACAUUGAGAACCACUCUUUCAGAUACACAAUUUAGACAUAAACUCAGUGCUCCAUUAUGAGCAUAUAGCAAAUAAUGACUGCGGCUAUUUUUGCAUAACAAAUUUAAAUUUUGUUUUUUAUUCCUAGAAAUUUUUAUAUGUUACAACUUUUUACAUAAAUGGUCAUGAGAAUGCUUCCAUAAUCAUCUAAAACUGGGAAUUUUAUUUUCUCAGUGAACUACUAUGUUCAACUAAAGUGGCUCUGACUAAAAUCGAGAUGUUCCAUUCUAGAAUUAAGAAACAUCUUUGGAUAUGAAAUGGCCUUUUAGUCCUGAGACUUAUUUGAAAAAGUGAUAAGUUUGUAUCACAAGAAGACCUUGCGACCUUCCUGGUCAGUUGGCUUAGUCUGUUCCAACUAUACAAUUAACUCCCUUAAUAACUAGCAUUUGUUACUGUAAUAUCAAAACAGCCGAGAAAUUGUUUUUCAACUUAAUUUUGUGAUGUUAACCUGGUUUAAUUCAUUUUAUAUGCUCAUCUAUGCAUAAGGUAAUUUUUCACUAGACUUGGUUUUUCUUUUUAUAAAAGGAAAUCAGAUGAAAAAGUAAUUGCAUUAGUUGGACUCUUUGUGACUAAGGGAAAAGAGGCUAAAUGAGUAUAAAAAAGAAAACUUUCUCAAAUGUAGAGAAUUGAGGAUUGACAGGUUUGUUCUUUUUUUAAGCAAGAUUUUGCCUUAAUAACUCGUGCAACAAAUCUUAAUACUGUUAUGGUUGAGGAUUGAGCAGUAUGUUUGACAUAAAUUGGAGAUGGUCUACCAAUUUAUGAUAACCAGUCCUGCAUAAACAGCUUUUUAUAUGUAUAGAUACAUGUAUAUAUUGUGUGUAUGUGUAUAUAUGCACAGAUACAUGUAGAUUCUUUUUUCAACAAAUGAUCAUCAGUUUUUAUAAAAAAUGAGCAUUUCCGUGUCCAUCCUGACAGAUGGCCCAUAAAAACAAAUCUUUACUGAUAGUUAUAGCAAAUUCCAUUGGACAUGAAAUCCUAUGUGACAGAUGUCACUUGUUCAGGUAGCCAAAGUUAUUCAAAUGGGAUGUCCAUUCUGAUAUUUGUGUAUGUUGGUUAUCAAUGUUCUGUACAUUGUUAAAUACUAAAUAAAAUUUGAUGUGUUUUCCAAAA